AUGGACGCCGCUUCGUCGCCGCCGCCGCCCUCGCAACAACCGCCGCCCUCGCAAAAUCUCGCAUCCUCAUCCUCGCUGUCGUACUCUCCCUCCUCGUCGUCGCCAACCCCGGGCGUCGCCGAGAACAAGUCUGCCAACGGCAUCCCUCGCUCUACUUAUAACCCCCCCAAGACCGUCAUCGGACGAGCGCUAGGCAACGAGCUGCAUACGGAUGCCCACAAGCCGGCUGCCCAACUGACCUCUCAGCGCCGCCUGUCCAAGGACGGAGUCGGGAUGGCCCUGUCAGACACCCCGGUUUCUACCGCGCCCAGCUCUCCGCAGAUACGCGCUCAACUGCACACUCCAACCUCGUCCGUCACCUCGUCUGUCGCGCAUACGCCCAAGCCCCGCGCAACGACUCUUGACAUUCCUGGCCUCACCCGGUCCAAGGUCUCGCCCGAUGGACGCAUCCCCGAGCGCGACCUCGGCUCGAAGCUGGUCAUUGUCAUGGUCGGCUUGCCGGCACGAGGCAAAAGCUACAUCACAAAGAAGAUGGCGCGCUACCUGAACUGGCUGCAGCAUGACACUCGCAUCUUCAACGUUGGCGAGCGCCGGCGACUGGCGGCCGGCACAAAUAGCCCCUCGCCGUCCAUGGUGCACAUGAAAAAGCGCACCAAUAGCUCCAUCGACCAAGAACUCGUCGAAUCCAUCCGCAAGAUGAGCACCAAUGCCAGCAACCCGGUUGAAACUCCGCUUCCCUCGCUGCCGGAGAAGGCUGAUAUCCUCCCGCCGCCGGCGCUCUCGACGCCCGCGGAGAUCCGCGUCAAUGGCGAACCUGCGGAUCUCCCCGGAUCUGCAGCAAUGCCACCACCACCACAGCGACCGAGUAUACACAUCGACACGGCCAGUCAGCCAGAGGCACAAGAGGUGAAACGCGAGUCUAUCGACCAGUCGGCCAGUUUUUUUGAUCCCAAGAACCGACAAGCUGUCCAGCUCCGCGAGCAGGUCGCUCUGGGCACACUCGACGAAUUACUGGAUUAUGUCCUGGACCAAGGCGGCAGCGUCGGCAUCCUGGAUGCAACCAACAGCACGCUCGAGCGCCGCAAGGCAGUCAUGGACCAUAUUCGCAAGCGAGCAGGCCCGGAAUUGGGUGUGUUGUUCCUGGAAAGUCGCUGUCUGGACCCUGUAUUGCUAGAAUCGAAUAUGCGACUGAAACUGUCGGGACCAGACUACCGAACACAGGACCCCGUGAAAGCGCUGGAAGAUUUCAAGAAGCGGGUUGCGCUGUACGAAAAGUCAUAUGUGCCACUGGGCGAGUACGAGGAGCAAAACGACAUGGCGUAUGUGCAGAUGAUCGACGUAGGGCGGAAGGUAGUCUCGCAUCAAACGACCGGAUUCUUGUCGUCGCAGGUGGUCUACUACUUACUCAACUUCAACCUGUCCCCGCGGCAAAUCUGGAUUACGCGCCACGGCGAGUCCGUGGACAACCAACUCGGCCGCAUUGGAGGCGAUUCCGACCUCAGCCAAAACGGAGAAAAAUACGCGCAAGCACUGGCCAAAUUCGUCGACUUCCAGCGCCAGAAAUGGGAAGACUACCAAGCCCAAAAGGCCAUGACAAGCCACUUCCCACCUCACCCAGGCGACAGCACGCCGCCCAACCCAUCAUACGGCGGCAUCCAAAACAAACCGCGCAACUUUUGCGUCUGGUCGUCGAUGAUGAAACGCGCCAUCCAAACGACCGCCCACUUCAACGACGACGACUACGACAUCAAGCAAAUGCGGAUGCUCGACGAACUAUACGCCGGGAAAAUGGAGGGUCUCACCUACGACGAAAUCAAAACACAGUACCCGGAAGAAUACGAAAGCCGCCGCAAACAGAAACUGCAGUAUCGCUACCCGGGGCCCGGCGGAGAAGGUUAUCUGGACGUAAUCAACCGGCUGAGGACAGUCAUCGUCGAAGUCGAGCGCACCAUCGACCAUGUCUUGCUCGUGACGCAUCGCUCGGUGGCGCGUGUGUUGCUGGCUUAUUUCUUGGGUCUGGCGCGCGACGAAGUCGCCGGCUUGGAUGUGCCCUUGGGCGUGCUGUAUAUGUUGGAGCCCAAGCCGUAUGGGGUCGACUUCAAGGCGUAUCGGUAUAAUCCGGACUCGAAUUGGUUUGAUUACAUGCCGAAUUUUGAGUUGCGUCAGGCGAAGCCUGCAUAA